AUGAGCGAGACACCGUCGAGUCAGGAGACGCCUGUCCCGUUCAGUGAUCUUGUUGCUACACUCCGAUUUCCCCCACCUGCACCUAAACCUCGUCGACGCACUCACGAUCCCAUAUGGGACAAACUAACCACGAAGGUGCCAAAGACCGAGGCCGACUGGCAGACUGUUCGGUGUCGCCAUGACUUUGACUCGCCGGAAAGGAUCCCCGACACCCUAGCUCGACUACUUGACCCCCUGGAGGAGAGCAAUCUGCACAAGAUCGUUUUCUUGGCAGGUUGCAGUGUCGACUUGUAUGAAGCUAGUAACAAAGAGCCAAUCUACUCAACUCUGAGACAGUUCUUGGAUAACCCUAAGCUCCCGCCAAGCACGCUGGAUAGGUACUUGCUCGCAGUGGGCAGGCUUAUUGAACUUCUUGACAAAUUAUACGUGCAGGGGCUUCGGCACCGUGCGCUGGAAUUGGUUCUUUACAUACCAAACGACAUCGCACAUAUCCGACAAUACGGAGAACACCAAGGCCGAUUCCUCCAGUCUAUCCCGGUCACUAAACCUCCCCCGGAGGCUCAAGGCUCCAUAGUUCUCUACAUCCCAUUUUUACUUCACUACAUACGUCCUGACCUUGAGUAA